AUGAACGACUCCGAGAAGCCGAGACAUGACCAGCACGGGCAGCAGCCGAAGCGCAAGUUCGAGGGCCCGAAGCGCGAGGCCAUCUUGGACCUGGCCAAGUACCAGGACACGCAGGUGCGCGUCAAGCUGAUGGGCGGGCGGCUCGUGACAGGCGUGCUCAAGGGCUACGACCAGCUGAUGAACCUGGUGCUGGACGAGACCGUGGAGUACCUGCGCGACGAGGAGGACGCGUCGGUGGUGACGCAGCGCACGCGGCCGCUGGGGCUGAUAGUGAUCCGCGGCACGAUCCUGCUAUCGCUGUCGCCGGCGGCGGGCGGCGCGGUAGUGCCGGGCCCCGCGGCCGAGUGA